AUGAAUAAAGUUGAUGAACUUGAAGCUAUCCUCAAGCAGCCAUAUUCCUCCCACAAUGACAUUGCUGUUCUUACAGAAACCUGGCAGUCAAACAUGAUCACUGAUGACUACCUAGCAGUGGACGGUUUCCAGAUAUUUACCAAGAUUAGAACUGAAAGAAGUGGGGGUGGAGUAGCGAUUUAUGUUAGAGACAACAUCCCUGCUAUGGUUCUAACCAACAUUACAGUGCCCGAAGAGCUUGAAUGCCUGUGGCUACAGGUCCGACCCUAUAGGCUCCCACGUCAAGUAUCGAGUGUGGUUGUAUGUGCAGUCUACAUUCCACCUAAAUCGGAACAUCAGCAAACUCUGGUUAAUCACAUUGUAAGAACCCUCGAUCUACUGAAAUCAAAACAUCCAGACGUGGGCCUAGUGAUUUUAGGGGAUCUCAACAGAACUGACACCAAUCCUAUAUGCAGAGCUCAUGCCCUGAAGCAGGUAGUUGACAAACCUACAAGAAACGAUGCGAUCUUGGACGUUAUCAUCACUAACAUUAAGAACCUGUACAGCAGUCCAGUUGUAAGUACCCUGGUUGGCCGGAGUGAUCAUAACACUAUAUAUUGGUCUCCCAGUGGAAACAAGAUUGUGAAUGGUGUCCAUGUAAGAUCUGUCAGACCACUCCCAAAACCGAGCAUGCAUGAAUUUGGCAGAUGGAUAACAGCUCAUCAAUGGGAAGAGGUUUUGAAUGCUACUAGCACUGGUGAAAAAUCUGAUGCUUUUUAUUCCACGAUCAAUGCUGCACUGGAUCUUCACUUUCCUACCAAAUUAGUCAAACUUCACACUAAUGACAAACCAUGGAUCACUGCUGAAAUCAAGGUCCUCAUCAAAAAACGCCAGGUUGCAUUUGCAGAGAAGAAAACAUUCCUUUGGCGUCUUCUUCAUAACAAAGUUAGCCACGCCAUCAGUCGAGCCAAAAAGUCGUUCUACCAAAUUCGUCUCCAAGGCCUAAAAUCCAGUGAUCCAUCAGGCUGGCAUAAAGGAAUCCAAAUGAUCACCAAUCAGACUCAGAAGCCCACUGUGAUUUCCGUCACAGGCAUACCCCAGAAUGAUGACAAAGCUAUCGCCGAGGGAAUUAACCUGGACUUUGCUUCUGUCUGUCAAAGCAGGCCCCCUAUCAAUCUGAAGGAACUGCCUGCUUACCUACCUGCAGAACCUACGCCUCAAAUCAAAGUAUGGGAUAUGUACAAUGCUCUCAAAAAAAUGUGUGCCAAGAAAUCAGCAGGCCCUGAUGGGCUCCCAGGAAAACUAAUCAAAGAAUUCGCAUGUGAGCUCAGCAUACCUGUUUCUGAUAUAUUCAAUUCGUCUCUUGUUGAGGGUUGCGUACCACAGAUUUGGAAGGAUGCAAUUGUCGUGCCAAUUCCUAAAGAAACACCAGCCACCAUCACAAAGCUGAGACCUAUUUCACUAACUGCUCUCCUAGCAUAA